AUGUGGAUGGGACGAACCCUGGGCUGGAGCUAUAUUACCCUUGUCCUGAGCAUGUAUACAGGGGUCUUAUACACUGGCUUCCUCUGCUUGAAUGCAGCUACAAUACCCCAACCGAAUCUUGAUGUUUGUUCCACCUGUCACGUUAAUGCUUCAUGCACAACCAAGGAUGGAAUGAAAACCUGCACCUGUAACUAUGGAUUCUAUGGAAAUGGAAGGAGCUUCUGCACAGAUAAAGAUGAAUGCCAAAUGGGUUCUGUAAAGAUCUGUGGGAACUAUACAACUUGUUACAAUACAUAUGGCAGUUAUUACUGUACAUGCAAUGAAGGAUACAGACCCUCCAACAAAAUGGAGUCAUUCAUUCCGAAUGAUGGAACUCACUGUACAAUUGUUGAUUGUGGAUCACCACCAUCUUCACUGAACACACUGUUUCAUCAACCAGUCAACACAACCUACAGCAGCAGAGUUGUAUACCAGUGCCAGGCUGGCUAUGUGCAUGUGACAGGAAAUGACACAUCAGUCUGCUCUGUCCAGGGACAGUGGGAAGGGGCAAACCUGGAAUGUGAAGCUGUUGACUGUGGAUCACCACCAACUUUAUCAAAUACAGUGUCAUAUCCGCCAGUCAACACUACCUUUGGAAGUACAGUUAAAUACCAGUGCCAGGAUGGCUAUGUCCCUGUUAGAGAAAAUGAGACAUUAAUCUGCUCUGCACGCGGACAGUGGGAAGGAGAAAAGCUGGAAUGUAAAGCUGCCGAUUGUGGAUCACCACCAUCUUUACUGAACACACUGUCCCGUCGACCAGUUAACACAACUUAUGGAAGUACAGUUGUGUACCAGUGCCAGGCUGGCUUUGUGCAUGUGAGAGGAAAUGACACAUUAAUCUGCUCUGCCCAGGGACAGUGGGAAGGAACAAAGCUGGAAUGUGAAGCUGUUGACUGUGGAUCACCACCAUCUUUACUGAACACACUGUCCCGUCGACCAGUCAACACAAGCUAUGGAAGUACAGUUGUGUACCAGUGCCAGGUUGGCUAUGUCCUUGUGAGAGGAAAUGGCACAUCAGUCUGCUCUGCCCAGGGACAGUGGAAAGGAGCAAACCUGGAAUGUGAAGCUGUUGACUGUGGAUCACCACCAUCUUUACUGAACACACUGUCCCGUCGACCAGUCAACACAACCUAUGGAAGUACAGUUGUGUACCAGUGCCCGGAUGGUUAUGUCCCUGUGAGAGGAAAUGGCACAUCAGUCUGCUCUGCCCAGGGACAAUGGGAAGGAGCAAACCUGGAAUGUGAAGCUGUUGACUGUGGAUCACCACCAUCUUUACUGAACACACUGUCCCGUCGACCAGUCAACACAACCUAUGGAAGUACAGUUGUAUACCUGUGCCAGGAUGGUUAUGUCCCUGUGAGAGGAAAUGACACAUCAGUCUGCUUUGCCCAGGGACAGUGGAAAGGAGCAAACCUGGAAUGUGAAGCUGUUGACUGUGGAUCACCACCAUCUUUACUGAACACACUGUCCCAUCAACCAGUCAACACAACCUAUGGAAGUACAGUUGUGUACCAGUGCCAGGAUGGUUAUGUCCCUGUGAGAGGAGGUGACAUAUCAGUCUGCUCUGCCCAGGGACAGUGGAAAGGAGCAAACCUGGAAUGUGAAGCUGUUGACUGUGGAUCACCACCAUCUUUACUGAACACACUGUCCCAUCGACCAGUCAACACAACCUAUGGAAGUACAGUUGUGUACCAGUGCCAGGAUGGUUAUGUCCCUGUGAGAGGAAAUGGCACAUCAGUCUGCUCUGUCCAGGGACAGUGGGAAGGAGCAAACCUGGAAUGUGAAGCUGUUGACUGUGGUUCACCGCAAGGUUUUGUGAAUACAGUGUCCUAUCCACCAGUCAACACAACCUAUGGUCAUACAGUGAUGUACCAGUGCCAGGUUGGCUAUUUUCAUGUGAGAGGAAACAAUGCAUCAGUCUGUUCUGCCCAGGGGCAGUGGGAAGGAGCAAACCUGGAAUGUGAAGCUGUUGACUGUGGAUCACCACCAGCUAUACUGAAUGCAUUGUCCUAUCCAAAAGUUAACACAACCUACGGAAGUACAGUUGUCUACCAGUGCCAGGCUGGCUAUGUCCCGGUGAGAGGAAAUGACACAUCACUCUGCUCUGCCCAGGGACAGUGGGAAGGGGCAAACCUGGAAUGUGAAGCUGUAGAUUGUGGGAUCCCAACUCACGUAACAAAUGCACAACCACCAUUAGUGAGAGGAACUGUGUACAGAAGCAAAGUCCAGUAUGUUUGCAAGACUGGUUAUGUAAGCGAAGGAGGAAAUGGCACAUUGAUGUGUUCUGCCCAAGGACAAUGGGAAGGAGUUAAUUUCACUUGUACAGAUAUUGACUGUGGGAGCCCACCAGUUGUCCCACAUGCAGAUCUGCUCCAGUACCAUAGUACAAGACGUGGGAGCAUUGUCCACUAUAGCUGCAGGGAUGGAUUUUAUACUUUGUCAGGAAAGAAUACAUCUGUCUGCACGGAAAGAGGACAAUGGCAAGAUGUAACAUUGCUGUGCAAAGCUAAUGAUUUUAUUCUGUUUAAUGAAUCCUGCUUGAAGUGGAGAAGGGACAGCGCUGGAUCCAGAUCUGAGGGCACAUAUUUAUUUCAGAUACAAGGACAGAGAGUCUACCAAAGAGAAUUCUUUUCUGAGAGCUCAUUUAAUUAUAGCACAGCAGAUGACACUCCAGUUGUGUGUUUGGACCUGCAACCAGGCACUAACUAUACAGUGAACGUCACUGCUCUUACACUGCAACAUUCUGCUUCCAUACAAUUAUCAACAGCAGUCACUGACCCUCCAGUGCCUGAUGUACAGGUUAUGAUUGCAGAGCAAAUCCUUCCACCCAUCCGCCUCCGACGGGUGGAAAAUAAAAAUGGACCAAUCAGCUUUUAUCAGGUCGUUGUUCUGCCCUUGCAUCUGCAGCACUCAUUCAAUUGCAAUUCCCAAGCCAUGAGAAACUUCUUUGGCCACCGAAAGGGCAGAGAACCAUACGUCACUGCAGAAUUUGUGGCAACAGAUGUUGAGGAUGGGAUGCAGUUUUCUGUGGGAGACCGACUGUACUACAGAGAGUAUUAUAACGCGGCUUUAGAAAAUGGCAAGAACUACCACUUCCUGCUGAAAACAAUCAGUGAAUGGAAUUACGUGAAGAAACAGUCGUGUGUGACUUUGGCACAGUUAAAAGGUUCAUCAGACAGUGUGCAAAUAAUGAUAUUUCUGGCACUGGGUUCCCUGGGAGCAGUUGGACUCCUUCUGUUGCUCUGUUAUUCUUUACUAUGGAGCUUCAAGAUAAGAUGACAGGACUUGACAAUAACACUGAAAAGUUAAAUAUAAACAAAGGAAGAUCCACUGUUCCACUGGCUGUUCAGUGAAUUUCAACCAUUCCAGCAAUGUUUUAAAACAUAAGAACAAAACAGAAAACCGUCAGGCUAUCAAACCGUGAAAUAUACUUGGACCUUACUCCAGAAAACUUCAAAUAUUGUUAGCUUCUUCUGCUGUUAAAUAGACUGUAAUUGUGAACCUUUUAUUUAUUUGUAUAG